AUGGGCCUAGGCGUGAGCGCCUCCGAGUCGUGUGACGCAGGUCUGCUGAACGCCAUCCGCUCCUUCGGUCUCGGCCCCUACAAGGCGUGCCCGUCUAAGCAGGCAAGCCACUAUCUGGAAUCGCACUGUAGCAAUCGGGCUGACAAGGUGAGGCACACAAAAGAGGCGCUGUUCACUGAGACCAAGUACUGCGGAGUGAACAUUGACAUCAUUGGCGAGUUCCAGUGCGUGCACGCUAUCAAGGGAAAGUUUAUGGCGCCUGACUACGACAUCCUCACCUUCAAAAAGCACAAGGUUGGCAACAUUACCGGUCCCGGUGCAUGUCUCCUGCUCAUCAACUUGGUGAGGCACCAGCUGACCACCUUUGACCACGGCAACGACCACAACACAAUCCGCAUCGAUAUUGAGGGCGCUGAACAGGCGGUUUGCAAGGCGAGGCUAAGUGGCAAAUCUUUGAAAUACUGUCACAUUGCCUGUUACCUCGCGAAACUCACAACGGACGACCCUGUCAAGUUCAUGGCUGAGUUUAAGUCGGUUAUUACGCAGUUCCAGCACAAGCGCGGCGUCUUCAACGCGGCCGAGCAGGUGCGCGCCAUCAAGCUCACUGGUCUGUCGGAGCCGAGCUGCCCGCUGUCCCAGCCUUAG